UAAUUCAUCAGUAUUAUCUAUUCAAGUUGAAAAUCUGGUUUUCAUAAUUUUAGUCCACUUUACUUGCUUGUUUGUUCCUAGGUUAUAAUAAUACAUAUUCUAAUCUCAUUUCUCAAUUACUUUUUUCUAGAAAUUACAACGGCAACUAGAGUUUUUGGCUGUACAAGAAGAUUACAUAAAAGAUGAACAGAGGAAUUUGAAAAAAGAAUACCUCCAUGCUCAGGAAGAAGUCAAGAGAAUACAAAGUGUUCCACUGGUUAUUGGGCAAUUUCUGGAAGCAGUCGACCAGAAUACCGGAAUUGUUGGAAGUACUACAGGUUCCAAUUACUAUGUGAGAAUCCUCUCAACAAUCGACAGAGAACUUCUGAAGCCUUCGGCUAGUGUCGCUCUGCACAAACACAGCAAUGCCCUGGUUGACGUCUUGCCUCCUGAAGCUGAUUCUUCGAUAUCUAUGCUGCAAGCAGAUGAGAAACCGGAUGUGCAGUACGCCGAUAUAGGAGGCAUGGACAUGCAGAAGCAGGAGAUCAGGGAGGCAGUGGAACUGCCGCUCACUCACUUUGAGCUGUACAAGCAGAUUGGUAUCGACCCGCCCCGAGGUGUGCUCAUGUAUGGCCCACCCGGCUGCGGCAAGACUAUGCUCGCCAAGGCUGUAGCUCACCAUACCACCGCCGCAUUCAUCCGAGUGGUAGGCUCCGAGUUUGUGCAGAAGUACCUGGGCGAGGGACCGCGUAUGGUGCGCGACGUGUUCCGAUUGGCCAAGGAGAACUCGCCGGCCAUCAUCUUCAUCGAUGAGAUCGACGCCAUUGCCACGAAGCGAUUCGACGCUCAGACUGGCGCUGAUCGCGAAGUGCAGAGGAUUCUGUUGGAACUACUCAACCAGAUGGAUGGCUUCGAUCAGACCACUAAUGUCAAGGUAAUAAUGGCGACGAACCGCGCCGACACGCUUGACCCGGCCCUGUUGCGCCCCGGUCGCCUCGACCGAAAGAUCGAGUUCCCCCUGCCCGACCGCCGGCAGAAGCGCCUCGUCUUCUCAACCAUCACUGCCAAGAUGAACCUCAGCGAAGAGGUCGACUUGGAAGACUACAUCGCAAGGCCCGAUAACAUAUCUGGCGCCGAUAUCAAUGCUAUCUGUCAAGAGGCUGGUAUGCAGGCGGUGAGAGAAAAUCGCUACAUCGUUCUUGCAAAGGACUUUGAAAAAGGCUACAAGAAUAACAUCAAGAAAGAUGAAUCAGAACAUGAGUUUUAUAAGUAAAUUUUCUGAAAAUACAUUAUGAAUCGGUCAUAAUAUUGCCUACUCAAUAUUAUUUAUAUCAUUUUACGCUAAUAAAAUUUAAUGCUUUUUCAUUA